CUCUUCGUUGGGAUCGAUGGAGGCGGUGCAGCAGCAGCUGAAGAGGCGGAAGAGGCAGAAGCGGAAGCUGGAGGAGGAGGACGCCGCGUCGGCGGCGGAGUCGGAGGCGGGAGGGGAGGGCGGUGGUGAGGAGAUCUGCUGCCAGCGAUCGCGGCAGGCGCUCGCCCGUGAGGUCAGGGCCAAGGUCCAGGUCCUCGAACGGACCUUCUCCUGGCGGUUCGCCGAUCGCGCUGCCGCCAAGCGUGCCACCCACAUCCUCGCGGAGCUCGCCAAGGACGAGAAGGUCGUGAACGUGAUCGUGGAAGAGGGGGCGGUGCCGGCGCUUGUAAAGCAUCUGCAGGAACCGCCGCCGCUGCUGGGAAGCGAAGGCAGCGCCAACGAAGGAGAGCGUCCUUUCGAGCAUGAGGUUGAGAAGGGGAGCGCGUUCGCCCUCGGUCUUCUCGCAGUGAAAGUAUCUGCUGUGCCUGAACAUCAGCAACUCAUAGUUGAUGCGGGUGCCUUGCCUUUGCUUGUUGAUCUCUUAAAAAGGCAUAAAAAAGGUUUCAACUGCCAGGUAGUUAAUAGUGUUAUUAGGAGAGCAGCUGAUGCAAUUACUAAUCUUGCUCAUGAAAACAGCAAUAUCAAAACUUCUGUCAGGAUCGAAGGUGGGAUACCGCCUCUCGUUGAACUGCUGAAGUCUACCGAUGCUAAGGUACAGAGAGCAGCUGCAGGUGCCUUGCGGACAUUGUCAUUUAAAAAUUAUAGUAACAAGAACCAGAUUGUGGAUUGCAAUGCUCUUCCUACACUGAUUCUCAUGCUUCAAUCAGAGGAUGCUGCCAUCCAUUAUGAGGCGGUUAUUUAUAUGGAGGUUUGA